AUGGUGUACGGGCUCUGGUUCGAGGAGUUUUCGGGCGGUCUUUCCAUAUUGACGAGCAAAGCCCUGUGGAAGAGUGAACCUUCGCUGCUGUUUGGAACAGUCUCGUCACUGUCGUGGAGCCCCUGCCUGUCAUAUGGUCAGCUGCGCUUGGCGGUUGCUUCUGGGAACGCUGUAACGGUGUUGGAUUGGACUAAUGUCCUGCCUGAGACGACUGGUUUUAACCCGUGGGCCAUCCCAGAUGUUCACCAGAUCGCCGAUGCCCAUGAUGGUCUUGUCUCGUCCGUAGCGGUUGUGGUCGAUAAUUCGUUUCUGUCAUCGUCUCUAGAUGGAAAGAUUUGCAGGUGGGUCGUCGAGCAGUGGGACCAAGGCGAAGCGAAAGAACCUCUUCAUGUGGUGCAUUGCGGUAUCUUGCAUUCCGGUCCACCCUCGGAGCCCAUCAUGGCUAUGCAGAGGACUCCGCUGGGUUUCGGAGUUGCUGCCAUGACGACGGUGACUCGGUUUGGAAUCGAGGUGAACGACCACAACGAAGAUGCCAAGCGUAAGUACUGCGCAGGGGCACGGAGAUCUUUGUUGAGUAUGUACAUAAAACCCGCCUUGGAAGGGACGUCGGAAGCCGCGCAGCAGAUUCUGGGCAGCGUGGAAGCGCGCGCGACUACUCGGAGGUUUGUCGGUGAGGCUAUUGUCAUGUGGGAGGUUGAGUUAUUCUUGCAGCAAUUGCAGGGUGCCCAUGCAAGUAUCGUGCUCGCAGCCCUGCGUCAGAGGUUUCGCAAUAUGCUAGGGCACCUCAGAGGCAGAUCGAUACCGAACCUGUCUCAGGAAAGAUUCUAUCACUACGUGAGAGUAAUAGCAUGCCUUUCACGGGUCAUUAUUCGUGUGAGCGGAGCUGGUGAGGACGACGGCGGAUUGAUGACUCUGCAACAUGGAGAGAUUUCAAAGAAUGUGCGAUGUAUUCACUAUGACUCAUGCAUGGCUUCCUUUUUACAAAGCAAGACGCCUGUGAACGCUCUCAGUCUCGAUGAGAUUCGGGCCCUCGAGAGCAUGUGCCACUAUGUUGCGAAAUGCGAUCACGAAUUGUUCUGGGACGCAGCUGCAACCUUGGAACGAAUUCGCCUUGUGAGAGCGGCCCUUUUUCCGCGCAAGGCAUCGAUGCCUUUACCGUGCAUUGUUUGUGGACCGGACUCGGACGUAGCUCUUAAAUCAGAUGCACAGAACCCGAAUGUAUUUCGGUGCUCUAUGAACGAUUGCUUCGAGCGAUGCGUGCUGACCGCAUUGCCUUGCACUGAUGUCGUCCCCCGGGUUUGCUACGCUUGUGACAGUAAGGCGCUGGUGAAGGAUUUUGAUCCUUUUGAAGAGAGAGGAAAGGAGUUCCAAUGGAUUUCGAACGUGGGCAGGUGCCCGAUUUGUUUGUGUGUGUUGGUCCCAAGCAGUGUUGAGGCUCACUGAUGUGAAUUGGGUUAGAGCGCACUGCAAACGCAUUAAAAAUAGUCAUCUCCGUGAUUUGGAUGGAGCCAAAUUGCAGGCCACAACAGAUGCAGCUGUAACCCACUUGGGUGUAUAAGGUGCAGUUUCAGACUGUUUCCGAAGCGGUGAAAAAGAAUACAAGGGCUGGUCUCGAAAAAUGUUUGGAAAUGGAUGAAUCCAAAACACAAGAUUCGCGCUCGGGAAGAAGGAAGGACAGGAAAAUAGGGCACGUCUGUACGAUUUACAAUCUGUGCGUUCUACUCGCUUGGUUUUGCUCUGCCUAAAAAGUCUUCAAUUUCUUCCAGCAAUUCCUCUCUGCUAUCCUUAAAGAGCACGUAUCUCCACACAAACCAGGAAGUAUAACCGAGGCCGACCAACUCCAAGGCACCUGGCACGAUGGGAAGAGAAUCGACUGCAGAUACAAUGGCGCGCAAGAUGGUGAUCGUGACAAGCCCUCCAAGGGCGUAGCCGGCGAUUUUACCGUAGAAGAACGGGCGGGUUCCGACGUCCGAGACCACACCCAUGGCCUUCUCUUUCAAAGCUUCUGUAUCGAGCUCGUAGCCUGAAUCCAGGUCAUAGUCACUCGCUGAGGAAGAGUUCGCCGAUGACACAGGCUUUUCGGAAGAGGGGGGUGGCGUGGUGGACAUUCGCAUGGCGCGGUGGGAGAGCGCGCAUGUUUUUUGCGACCGCGUGCGAGUCACAGACAACAAAGGGGACGAGACAAAAGCCAUGUUUUUGUGAAGGGUUAGGGAUGUAGCAGAGUCGGGGAGAAAGGAGAGGGUAAAUGGAAAACGAACACAAAGAGGAGAACUGAAGAAAAGGAUGCACCAGGUGAAGGCACAGGCGACAGAGAGGGGAAGAACGGAAGUAAGGCAACCCUGAGCGAUAGAACGCGCGCUGAUUGGUUGUGAUUGCCCUGCGAAGGCGAACGAGGUCAUCUCAAGUGGGCGAGCGGCUGCCAUUGCUUCAUUGCAUAGUACACGUGGGCGCCAUUUUCUAUCUAUUUUGCUUCAAAAUGCUUUUUGCAACUGUGACGCUCUGCAACGGAGUAUCUCCCUCGCGCGGGAAUUUUCGGGCGACCAUCAACGUCGUCUGGGGUCCUGGAGAGUGGUCACUGAACAGCACUUUCCGUGUGCAGAUGGGCACGCCCUGGUUGGUAUAGGUGCCCGGGCUCCCCUCACACUAGAGUUGUGUCACGCUUGUUAUGACUUGCCCCGCCGCUCGACUUUUCUCCACGCAGGUCUGCUGCAGACUAGGGUUGGAUACGCAGUAGAUUCAAUGUCACUACCCCUUUUCACUUCUUUCACACUGGGACCGCGCACUUGACAGAGAUCGCGACAGGAUGCAUAGAUCUCGCUCAUGCAGGUCCUCACCUUCCUAAUUGACGUAUCCAGAGGACGCUCGCGUACUCGCUCUAGUCUUGUUUUUAACAAAACUCUGCAGAAUGCAAUCGGGUCGAGCGACUCAGUUAAAUUCUGCGUCCCCCAUCGCA